UUGUCAGCAGCAGAAGCGCUACAGGAAGCAGAAAGAGAUCGACGACCACAGAUACUGCACACAUACACAUAGAUAGAGAUGACUUCCUAAAAACAGACAUCCAGCUCUCGGAUGAUAGGAAAUUAAUACAUUCACUGCAUACAAAAUUGAACUUGGGAGAGUUGGAAAUGGAGAAACAGCAGUCGUCUGGCUCGGACAGUCCGGCGUUGCCUCCUGUGCUGCCCAGAAAACCACGAACCAUCGGAGGAGGAAACUCUGCGUCUCGACAAGACAGUGUGGAUUCAAUAGACAGCCCCACUGGAUCUCAUGUGGAGUGGUGUAAACAGCUUAUAGCAGCCACUAUCUCCAGCCAGAUCUCUGGCACUCUCCCUCCAGAAGCCGUGACCCGUGAGUGCAAGUUUCAGGACUCUGGUGAAGAGCAUGGCUAUCAGUGUGACAGUGACUCUGAGCUGCCGUCUCGUACUCCGCAAGUAUUUGGAGGUGUACGAAGGCAAGCGCCCAUGGAUGAAGUGCCACUGUUCCCAGGAGAGACAAUCAAAACCACUGUUAAAGACGUGAUGUAUAUCUGUCCUUUCACUGGAGCUGUGACCGGCACUCUAACAGUCACAGACUACAAACUCUACUUCAUCAGUCUAGAAAGGGAUACUCCUUUUGUGUUGGAUGUGAACCUUGGUGCCAUCAGCAGGCUAGAGACUAUCAGUGUACAGAGCCAUGGAGAGAAUACUAAUGGCAUGGAAAUCGUCUGUAAGGAUAUGAGAAGUCCCAGGUUUGCCCAUAAAAAGGAAGAGCAGAGUAAGCUGGAGAUUUUGGAUACACUGACCAAGCAUGCCUUCCCCCUGUCCAAUGACCUGCCACUCUUUGCCUUCCAAUACAAAGAGGAAUUUCCAGAGGAUGGAUGGAAGGUUUAUGAUCCAGUGGCUGAGUACAAGAGAAUGGGUUUGCCAAAUGAGAGCUGGACCAUCAAUAAGAGUAACAUUAAUUAUGAAGUGUGUAACACCUAUCCUGCUUUGUUUGUUACCCCAACAAGUAUUAAAGAUGACGAGAUCAAACGAAUGGCCUCUUUCAGAGCUAAACACCGCAUACCGGUCCUUUCAUGGAUCCACCCAGAAACCCAGGCCACUAUAGUGCGCUGUAGUCAGCCGAUGGUGGGCCCGACAGACCACCGGUGUAAGGAAGAUGAGCACUACCUACAGACCAUUGUGGAUGCCAAUGCACAGUCCCAUAAACUCACUAUAUUUGAUGCUCGGCAGUAUACUGUGGCUGAUAAUCACAAGGCUAAAGAUGGAGGUUAUGAGAAUGAGAAUUUCUACCCCAACAUGGAGCUGAAUUUCCUGGAGAUGCCAAACAUUCAUGUUAUGAGAGAGUCUCUGCGUAAGCUGAAGGAGGUGGUUUACCCCACCAUUGAUGAACUCCACUGGCAUUCAGCCAUAGAUGCCACUCACUGGCUGGAGUACAUCAGGCUUUUGCUAGCGGGUGCAGCACGGAUUGCAGAUAAGGUGGAGUCCAGUAAGUGCUCUGUGGUGGUGCACUGCAGUGACGGCUGGGACCGCACAGCUCAGCUCACCUCUCUAUCCAUGCUGAUGCUGGACUCCUACUACAGAACUCUCAGGGGCUUCCAGGUGCUGCUGGAGAAGGAAUGGAUCAGCUUCGGGCACAAGUUUGCUGCGCGUGUUGGUCAUGGAGACGAAAAUCAUUCAAACUCUGAGCGCUCCCCUCUAUUUGUGCAGUUUAUUGACUGUGUUUGGCAAAUGAUGAGACAGUUCCCUACUGCCUUUGAAUUUAAUGAGCUCUUCCUCAUCACCAUCCUGGACCACCUCUACAGCUGCCUGUUUGGAACAUUCCUUUACAACAGUGAACAGGAGAGAGUAGAAAAGAAAGUGAACAGUAAGACAGUAUCUUUGUGGUCCUACGUCAAUAGCCUGCCUGAGGACUUCAGCAACCCGUUCUAUGUGGACUAUGAAAACCAUGUGCUGUACCCCCUGGCCAGUAUCAGGCAUUUAGAGCUGUGGGUUGGAUACUACGUACGCUGGAACCCCCGUAUGAGACCACAGAUGCCUGUUCACCAGAACCUGAAGGAGCUGCUGUAUUUGCGAGCAGAGCUUCAAAGGAAGGUAGAGGAGUUACAGAAAGAAGUAUCUUCAUCGCGCUCUAUCUCCUCUUCUUCAGAGCACGCAUACUCUCCCUCACAUGGCGGUACACCCCUACACACCAGUGUUUAAAAAAAACAUGCUUAAGCACACAGAUGAGAGAACUCAUCCACAGCAGGUUGUGUAGAAAUAAUCUUUUGGUUAAAUUAAACUUAUCUGUUUGUCAUUUAUACUCACUGGAAAAUGCUUUGGGUUUGAAUGUACAGAGGACCAGCACUUACUACACACUCAGGUGAAAGCUUGAAUUCACUGCAUGAGCACCCAAGAUGAAGUGAAAAGCUUUUGGGCUUGUAAAUAUGCUCAAAUUUAAUUUAUUGGUUUGUCGCUGAGUAAUUGUCUUUUUUAAAACAAAUUUAUAGUCCCAAAAAAAUGUGUCCUUUUGCUAUUGUUUUUACUGUUUAAUUGUUUCUAUUUUUCCUCAGCAUAGCCUGCCUCUGUGCCAAUAACAGUACAACCUAGUCAAAUUUCACCUCAGUUUUAUCUCUUUAAUAAAUUGUACAAAACA